GAGAACUCUCCUCUUAAAGGCGCAAACACACCCUCUUUUCAUGAGGCUGCAGGCUUUGUAUUCUACUUUUCAGUUACACUUUGAAUGAUGCACUAGUUUACCUUAAGGGUCCGCCGGCCAGAAAUUAAUUACAGCAAGGUGGAACCGAAAAAAGGGAGUCGACCCCGAGCAGAUCGGUUGUAGCUGAGAGUUUCCACGGCGCUUUUGCUCUGUGUCUGAGCGUUGCACGUUGUUUUUUAAUUUAACUUAAAACUGGAACUUAUCAGAGCGAACAAACACCAAAAAACCUAUUAGUUAUAACAGUAAGAAAGCAACAUGUGGACUGCCUACGGACACUAAAAACCAACCUGUGGAUUGUCUGCGUGUCUAACUUAAUUGAAAAACGCCCUCAAGCUAGCUAGCAAGGUAGGUUAGCUCUCAGUGAGCUAGCUGGAAAGAAGCAAACUAGAAGACACGAAGCAAAGAAGACAUGAUGGGAUGGAAAUCUACUGGAGACAUAAAACGAUGUCUUGUUUACAAACUAAUCUAUCUCGAAAAUGCAAGAAACGCGAUGAAUGAAGAGUUGUGUUGUUUCACGGAAAAGACAGCUGAGGAGAUUGAAGAAUUUCUGAACUCUCCCGCUUCGACUCGCACGCACGUUGGUGCGAAUCUGUUGAAGACUUUAGAUGCCAAAUGUCAUGUGAUAAAGGAACUGAUGACUGUCUUUGAAGGCCUUAAGUCAGCUUUAGAGCCUCACAGCAUGAGGAAGCUUCACCUGCCGCACAGAAUCAGCCUGUCGCCUCAGCGUGUGCUCCACUUCAAUCACAAGAGAAGUCGUCAGAAUGGAGUGUUUAUUCCAAAUGUUUUGAAGUUUGGGCCCUUGCUGCAAAAUGUCAUUCAGGAAAGCUCAAUUACAAAAGCUGUUCAGAUUAUUGGAGCAACACUCUCUCUUCAACACAUGGUUUUGUCACUUGAAUCUGAGAAAGAUCAGUCAUCUGGCAAAAUCUCAACAAAUUAUGGCUCAGAAAUUGAAUUAUUAACCCAAGAUGAUUCCAAAAAGAGUGAAAUGGAGUCUGCCAAGCACAACAUGCAGGAGAACAUCGCUGCAACAGAAGCUCAAACUCUGAGGAACGUUGCAGACAUCUCUCCAAGGUUGACUCAGAAUGUAACCAGUCACAUCUUUGAGCAGCAAUUAGGAAAUGAACCUGAAGUUCAGCACCAAAAACAAACCUCUUCUCAGCUCAUGCGUUUUCUGAGAAUGAAUGGAAAGACAAAGAACUUGCCUGAUGUCAGUUUAUUUGGUUCUGUAGAGAGGGCCUUUGUGUUAGUGCAGCAACAGAAGAGCAAUACUGAAGCAAUGGAUCUGAAGAAAAUAACAUUAUACACAACACAAAAGAGGCAGUCAUUCUCUGAGAUGAAGGUUUCUGGACCUAUCUUCAAAGUAAAAAACAGCUGUGCAGGUUUUGUGACCUACAGUUGUAUUAUUGCUACACCCUCAGAAUUGUGGGAUAUUGGGGAUAUUUCCACAGAGGUGAAAAAUUCUUCACAAAGUUCAGUAUCUGAUGAAAAAAUGGCUUCUCCUUACUGUAACAACUCAAAGGAAUUGGACCUCUUCAGUCUAACAGUGUGUACUUCAAGCAGUGAAUCAGUUGCCUCAGACAAUUUGGAGCUCCAGUGUGACUCGGAGGAACUGACAGACGGAGCAACAGAAGAUGAGUACUUACUAAGUAUACCGGAAUUUCAGAUUAGGAAAUAUGAAGAGAUGCCUGUUCUUGUCUCCCAUGUGGUCAGCCCAAGCAGAUUCUACAUACAGCAUAAGGAUUCCAGACUGCAGAAAUUAUCUGAAAUCAUGGCAGGGACAAGCUAUAAGUCGUGUGCUGAGAGGAACUGCGUCCCGGAUAUUGGCACUUAUGUAAUUGGAUGGUUUCCCGAGCAGGAGUUAUGGUGCCGUGCCCAGGUGACAAAGAUAUGUGGAAUGAAAAGAGGUAGCAGUCAGUUGUGCACACAUCUUGAUGGCGUCAAAAAUCUUGAAGUGGAGGUCAGGAGAAUUGACUAUGGAGAUUCAGCUUGCCUUUCUCUUUCGAAUGUCAAGGAACUCUGUGGAGAAGUUGCAAAAGUGCCAGUACAAGCUCUGCAAGUCUCACUAGUAAAUGUGAACCCAGUAAAUGGGCAGAGCUGGUCUGCUCAGGCAGUAAAUUGGUUCAAAGACAAAGUAAGCAGCAGGACACUGUAUGCUAGGCUCUAUCCUGAGGGAAACAGAGUUAGGGUGGAGCUCUUCAUGGAGAAAGGGAAAAUUGGAGCUAUGAGGAGAGGUGCUUCUUUAUCCCUGAGAUUGGCUCAAAAUGGGCAUGCCAGGCAUGAAAAAAUGAGCAUGAGAUUGAAGAAAAUUGUCUUUCAGGUCAUGCCCAAGAGCAAUCAAGAAAACAGUCACUGGAAUGGGAGAAGUAUCUCAUCUCCUUUUACUCUCAAAACAGAAAAUGACAGCUUAUUGUACAGUGGUUACCAGCACUGGUCAAAGAUAUUCCUACCUUUCUGUGGAGGAUAGGUACAGGACUAGUCUGAAUAGUAAGGACAGACUUGCCUAUUAAAUGUGAGUUUCAACAAAGCUUAGAUUUAAGAAAAGUAGAUCUCCCUGAGGAGGGUUUGUGACCACUGUUGUAAUGUGGUUGUUAUACGUAUACAGGUCGUAUAGUGGACACGACUGAACAUCAGUGUUCUUAAUAAGAGGUUAACUUAUCUAUUAUUUUGUUAGUUAACAGUACAUCUUGACAAUUUGCCGUACGCAGAGCUUUAGUCUGGAGUUUCUUGUCAGCUGAUACCUUGAAAUCUAUUGUUCUUUGUUUUACUUAGCAGUCAUUAGAAGGUUAAUCUGAUUCACAACUUUAUAUUGUUUUAGCUUAUUUUUGGAGAAAAAAAAACCUUUCCUAUCAUUCAAGUCAGAACAAAAUCUUACAAAUCUCCAAAAAAGACAAACUACUGUAAAAGAAAAAACAUUCUUAACUGUCAAUGCAGGUUAAUGCAAUGAUUUUAUUGUAAGUCAUUUUGGACCAUUUAUUUUGGUCUUUCAUGAAAUUGUACCAUUACAUGAAUGACAGUGUAUUCUAGUGUAAUAAAUAACAUGGAGAUACAAGGUUUUGCUUAUAGAAAUGGUAGGAAUAUUGCUUAUAUGCAUUUCUUUGGUGAAAAUGGGACUGUUGGUCUAGGCUGUUUUUGUCUAUACAAAAAUGAAUGGUGUUUUUGAAAAUCACCCUUUUCUCCCUCCAGAGCACAUAUGUAUUGUCAUAUGUUAAUUUCUGAGUUACAGUGUAGUUAAAUAGAAAUAUCAAUAUUGCUCUAUACUACUACAAGUAAACUAACACUCUUGCAAGUCUACUUGAUGCACCGCAAAGUUAGAUUGUAAGAAAAUAUAUUACUAUGGUAAUUACAGAAAACUUGGCCACUGUUAUAUAAUAACAAUAGCUUAGCCUACUACUGCCAAAGCCACUUGACUCACAUUUGACAGAGAUUGUUUGAUUGCUUGCUUAGGGAUAUUUUGUCAAGGUUGCCAAUGUUAUGACUUCAAUUAGAUGUGCAAGAGCAUUAGUUUGCAUGUAGCAUUUAUGCAGCAGUAUUUAUAUUUAGAAUACUUGACAACUUCAUGAUACAAAUAGCAAUGUGAUAUUUUGGGAAAAAUGUAUUGAGGACAUAAAAGCUUUGUCCAUGAAACAUUUGUAAAUGGAGAAAGGUUUAUCUGGGAUGAGCAACUUAGAAUAGUCAUGUUUUGACACAUUUGAACAUUUUUAUUGCCUGUGGAUGUGCACUUAACAUUUUCU